AUUUUGUCUCACUCCACCCUCCUCACUAUACCCUCUCCAUACUGCCAUUGAGCAGUAGUAGCACACACUCUCCUCCAAAAGACCAACCAAACCCUAAAUUAUCAAAUGCCUAGCUAAUAAUCCACACCAACUUGUGGCCUUUGAGUUUGUGCCCUAGCCGAUCACAAUUCACAACCACAAGCUACACUACAAUUACCUUCAACGUCCUCUCACAUCUCUCCCUCCCUCCCUCGCCGCCUCCGGCCACGCCACAAUGUCCACCACCACCACCACCACCGUCACAGAACCCGACAAUGCCGAAGCCUCGCCAUCGCCGUCGCCGUCGCCGUCGACGCCGCCCAAGAAGGUGAUCAUGUACGAGCUCGCCGCGCGGAACAUCUACUACGCCAAGCCGGCCGCCGCCGCGGUGGCCACGACGACGGUGGCGUCGCUGGCGCGGCUCCUGAGGCCCUGCGGCGCGGCGCAGCCGCCGUCGCCGGAGUACAUCCUCCGGGACGUGUCGCUGACGGCGCGGCCCGGGGAGAUCCUCGCCGUCGUCGGCCCCAGCGGCGCCGGCAAGUCCACCCUGCUCGACAUCCUCGCCGCGCGGACGGCGCCGACGCACGGGAGGCUGCUCCUCAACGCGGCGCCGCUCCGACCGUCCUCGUUCCGGCGGCUGUCCGCCCACGUGCCGCAGAUGGACGUCGCGCUGCCGUUGCUCACCGUCGCAGAGACGUUCGCCUUCGCGGCGUCGCUGCUGUACCCGGCGGCGGCGGAGGCGUCGGCCGCGGUCGCCGCCCUCCUCGCGGACCUCCGGCUGGGCCACGCGGCGCACACCCGCGUCUCCGCCACGCGGCUGUCCGGCGGCGAGCGGCGUCGCGUGUCCAUCGGGCUCGCCCUCCUCCGGGACCCCGGGGUCCUCCUCCUCGACGAGCCCACCUCCGGCCUCGACUCCUCCUCCGCGCACGUCGUCGUCGGCUGCCUGCGCGCCGUCGCGGCCGCGCGCGGCACGACGGUGGUGCUCUCCAUCCACCAGCCCAGCUCGCGCCUCCUCUCCGCCGUGGACUCCCUCCUCCUCCUCUCCCGUGGCGCCGUCGUGCACCACGGCUCCGUCGACUCCCUCGACGCCGCGCUCCUCUCCCACGGCCUCGCCGUGCCGGCGCAGCUCAACCCGCUGGAGUUUGCCCUCGAGGUACUCGACCAGAUGCCCCACCCGUCCGCCUCCUCCCCUGAGCCCAAGACGACGGAGGAGCUCGCCGCCGUGACGUCCUCCAAGUCGUCGUCGUCGUCAACCUCGCCGUGCUCGAGGAUACACGAGGUGGUGGUCCUGUACAAGCGGGCAUGGAAGGUGGUGUACCGAAGCAAGCAACUGCUGCUGACCAACUUCCUGGAGUCGGUGGUGGUGGGGACGCUGCUGGGGAGCAUCUACAUCAACGCCGGCGACGGCGAGGGCGGCGCGCACAAGCGGCUGGGGCUGUUCGCCUUCACGCUGACGUUCCUCCUGACGUCCACGACGGAGACGCUGCCGACGUUCGUGUCGGAGCGGCCGAUCGUGCUGGCGGAGACGGCGUCGGGGCUGUACAGGCUGUCGUCGCACGCGGCGGCGGCGACGCUGGUGUUCCUCCCGUACCUCCUGGCGGUGGCGCUCCUCUACUCCGCCUGCGUCUACUUCCUCGUCGGCCUCUGCGCGUCGGCGGCGGCGUUCGCGGCGUUCGUGAUGGUGGUGUGGGCGGUGGUGCUGACGGCGAACUCCUUCGUGCUGUUCGUGAGCUCGUUCGCGCCGGACUACAUCGCCGGGAUGUCGCUGGUGUCGGUGUCCCUCGCCGGCUUCUUCCUCUUCUCCGGCUACUUCCUGUCCAGGGGGAGCAUGCCGCCGUACUGGGUGUUCAUGCACUACGUCUCCCCGUACAAGUACGCCCUCGACGCCCUCCUCGCCAACGAGUACACCUGCGCCGCCACCCGCUGCUUCGGCGUCGCCGGCCCCGCCGCCGGCGACUGCUCCGAGACCGGCGCCGACGUGCUGGCGGAGAAGGGGCUCACGGCCAAGGAGCGGUGGACCGGGGUGCAGGUGCUCUUCGGCUUCUUCCUCCUCUACAGAGUUCUCUACUGGGUGGUGCUCAGCCGCCGAGCCGCCAGGGCCAAGAGGUGACCCAUCCAUCGUCACCUCCAGCUCAGGCGACGGCGAGCGGCCGCACCGUACGUACGUACGUGUGAACGCGUGCAUGGAGACGAAGUGGGGCCCAUGCAUGCGCAUGCAAGUCAAGGUAUGACGUCAACAAUGGCGUAGACAAGGUGGUGAUCGAGUUAAUUAACUGGUAAUUAAGCUGCUGCUGCUGCUAUACUGAUAAGUGAUGAUGUGUAUAUUUUAUGAACAUAAAAAAACGAGCCUUUUAUAUGUGUAAUGAUGAGUGGUUGAUAGUGCGAUCUUGACUUGAAAAUCACGAUCGAAUUACUUCUAGAUGAGUUUUUGGCCGUCGAUCUCGUUCAUUGAUUGAUUUGAUCGGUCAGGAUAUAGAAACAAGUACGUAUUGAAUAUAUCACUGGAAAUAGUGUUGUUUGAUUUUUGCC